UCUAUUGAAAUAUCUAUGGAUUAUAAUCAGCUGAACAUGGCUAUAAAAUGAUUAUCUUAUGUUUAGGUUAUGUUUAUUGAUUUCGUACUGGAAAAUUUGUGGCCAAAAUUUAAUACGUGAUUAAAUAACAAAUCAUUUCUAGAUAAUCAUGCAAAGUGUUAUCAACACUGUGAAAGGAACGGCUUUAGGAGUAGCAGAAUACUUGACUCCAAUUUUGAAGGAAUCAAAAUUUCGAGAAACAGGUGUUCUUACUCCAGAAGAAUUUGUUGCAGCCGGAGAUCAUUUAGUCCAUCAUUGCCCUACUUGGCAAUGGUCAGUGGGAGAUGAAUCCAAAAUUAAAUCAUACCUCCCAAAAGAUAAACAAUUUCUUAUUACACGUAAUGUACCUUGCUCAAGAAGAUGUGAACAAAUGGAAUACCAAGAGGACUUGGAACAUAUUAUUCAGUCAGAUGAUGCAGAUAAUGGAUGGGUAGACACACAUCAUUAUGAUUCUUCCAAUUUUGGUUUAGAAGAAAAGAUCAGUGAGAUGACACUUGAAAAUUGCAAAGCUGAAAGUAUGGAAGAUGCUUUGCUAAAAGAUCAAUGCAAUAACAGUGAUAAUGAUGAUGAUGAUGAUGAUGAUGAUGAAGCAGUGGAUAUGGAAGCAUUUGAAGAAAGUGGAAUGCUUGAAAAUGAUGAAGCUACCAUUGUUGAGCCAUUUCCUUCUAAAAUAGAUGCAGAAUCUGGAGAUGAUAGUGGCAUUAUACGUACUAGAACUUAUGAUUUGCACAUUACAUAUGAUAAGUACUAUCAAACUCCCCGUUUAUGGUUGUGUGGCUAUGAUGAGAAGCAUCAACCUCUAACAAUGGCUCAAACGUUUCAAGAUGUUAGUAAAGAUUAUGCAAUGAAAACGGUAACUAUGGAAGCACACCCACAUUUGAGUAUUCCACGAGUUGCUUCGAUUCAUCCCUGCAGACAUGCAGAAGUUAUGAAAAGUAUAAUUGAAACUGUUACAGAAGGGGGGAAAGAAUUAGGUGUGCAUAUGUAUUUAAUUAUAUUUUUAAAAUUCGUUCAGUCUGUUAUACCCACAAUAGAGUAUGAUUAUACACAAAAUUUUACUUUAUAAUUUGCAUUUGUGAUAUGCCUUAAUAGGCGUUUUAUGAGGAUAUUUGCUGCACUUGCUAUAUACAGCAUACUAGUAUAUAAUAUUGUCAUUUAUAACAUAAUUUUAUUUUUUUAUAUACAUAUAUUUAAGUCUUUUAUUGAAAUAAAAAAAAAAUGGUACAAGGCCAAUACCUAUUCAGAUCACUCAAAAAACUAAAUUUAUUUUUGUUUUAGUAAAUGUAAAAUUGUAUCAAAUGUUAUUUGUGCUUUUUUGAGUCGUUUCAGCCGUAAGCCAAAAUAAAAGGCAUACUUUUAAA